GCGGGAGGCGCCCAGACCCAGCCCCAGCCCGGGGACUUCAGCGGCCGCAGCGGAAGCGGGGGCCAGGGGAAGGAGGCGGGGGGCGGCGCUAGGAGCCGGCGGGGCCCGACGAGAGUCACCGUGUCACGGCGCCCGGGAAGCUGCUGGAUCCGCCCCCUGGAGAGGCCGGGGCCGCCGCAACCGACCCCCCGCGCCCGCUGCCUCCUGCCCGCGCCGCACUUGGCGCGCGGGGCCCAGGCCGAGCGGCGCCGAGCAGCCAGGGGAGCCCGGGACGGGCCUGGGCCGCCGCCUCUGAACUAGGAUGUCCCGACAUGAAGGUGUCAGCUGCGAUGCAUGUUUAAAAGGAAAUUUUCGAGGCCGCAGAUACAAGUGUUUAAUUUGCUACGAUUACGAUCUGUGUGCAUCUUGUUAUGAAAGUGGUGCAACUACAACAAGGCAUACAACUGACCAUCCAAUGCAGUGCAUACUAACAAGGGUAGAUUUUGAUUUGUACUAUGGUGGAGAAGCUUUCUCUGUAGAGCAGCCACAGUCUUUUACUUGUCCUUAUUGUGGAAAAAUGGGUUAUACGGAAACAUCUCUUCAAGAACAUGUUACUUCCGAGCAUGCAGAAACAUCAACAGAAGUGAUUUGUCCAAUAUGUGCAGCGUUACCUGGAGGGGAUCCUAAUCAUGUCACAGAUGACUUUGCAGCACAUCUUACACUGGAACACAGAGCUCCUAGAGAUUUAGAUGAGUCCAGCGGUGUUCGGCAUGUGCGUAGAAUGUUUCACCCAGGCCGGGGUUUGGGAGGCCCUCGCGCACGUAGAUCAAACAUGCACUUUACUAGCAGUUCCACUGGUGGGCUUUCAUCUUCGCAGAGUUCAUAUUCUCCAAGCAAUAGGGAAGCUAUGGAUCCUAUAGCUGAGCUUUUAUCUCAGUUAUCAGGCGUGAGGCGUUCUGCAGGAGGACAGCUCAAUUCCUCUGGCCCUUCUGCUUCUCAGUUACAGCAGUUGCAGAUGCAACUGCAGUUAGAACGACAACAUGCGCAGGCAGCACGACAACAACUGGAGACAGCACGCAAUGCAACCAGACGCACCAAUACAAGCAGUGUCACCACCACUAUUACACAAUCUACAGCAACAACCAACACAUCUAACACAGAAAAUAGUCAGCAGGCUAUCCAGAACUCCCAAUUUCUUCUUACAAGGUUGAAUGAUCCUAAGAUGUCAGAAGCAGAGCGUCAGUCAAUGGAAAGCGAACGGGCAGACCGUAGCCUAUUUGUUCAGGAGCUUCUACUGUCCACUUUGAUGCGGGAAGAAAGUUCCUCCUCAGAUGAGGAUGAGAGGGGGGAAAUUGCCGAUUUUGGUGCUAUGGGCUGUGUAGAUAUUAUGCCUUUAGAUGUUGCUUUAGAAAACCUAAAUUUAAAAGAGAGUAAUAAAGGAAACGAGCCUCCUCCACCUCCUCUUUGAUGACAUCCCACUUCGCAGACAAUGUCCUCUGUGCUGUAUUUGCCAAUGAAAGUGGACAACUACUAUCUUGGGUUUGUUUUGGUGAUUGUAAUUUCAGGUCUGUCACUCUUGUUACAUUGUGUACAUUCAAAAGGAAGAGAGAAAAGAUAUAUAUGAUAAUCAUUUCCACUUAACUAAUUUUUACUUCUAGCAGGUAAAUGUAGGUUGCAGUGCAGAGGAGAAACCUCUGUGUUCUGUACCUUGACAUGCAAAAGGCUCUCCUAAUACUCCACGUUCAAACUGAAGAGGAAAAAAUGAAAAAUCUCUAAUGAAGCUGCUGUGUGUAUUUAUGAAUAUUAAUGAAUAAAAACUGCUUGGAUGGUUUACCUUAACUACUGCAUGAGGUUUUUUGCAGCGUGCAUGAGUUUUAGUGACCUUGUCAUUUAAAAAAUUAAAUACAAGGAGUAAAACUAUAAAAAACCCAAAGCUUUUCCCAUUAUUCAAAGGUUACAUGACAAAAAGGUUUGUGUUCACUAGCAGUUUGUAGCCAUGAAAUAGCUUUUGAAUAAUAUGUGACUGAAUCACCUAUUUCUGUGUGCUUCCGGCACAUAAAGCAAGCUCUGCAGUGGGAUAUAUUGUUGUUUCCAGGGUUUGGCAUUUUGCUAUAUGUGACUAUUAUGUUGCCAUAUUAGUCAUCACGUCCAUGUGGAGUUCAGCUUCUCUUUAUGCAUCUGUAGGAGACACAACAGUAAUGCCACUGCUGGAAUCUACUGCAAAAGGCUUUUGUGUGCCCUAAAAUCAAAUCUUGUUCAUCUUUGUUUAAAGUUUUUCCUUUUUGUGGUUGUUAAAAUUUUUCAACUGUUAAACAUGUUUUAUUCAGGUGUAGAUGAUUCAUUUAUUCACUGUCUUAAAAAAAAAAUUAACCUGGAUUAUGUUGUCUUAGUUUUAAAAGCGUUCACAGUCUCAAUCAUAUUUUUGAGUUAUUUAUGUAUUUGCUUCAUAGUUUGCAGAGACUUGUCAGUAUCAGGAGAGCUUGAGGAUUUGACACUUCCCAGAUUUUGUCAAUAUAUUACAACUGAAUUCUUAAUGCUAACUUUAGCACCUUUUAUUUAUUAUUUCUCUGUGAUUAUUUUUCUGGCAUAAAAAAAAAGUAAAGAGCCUUUUAAUUGAAUCAUGCCACCUACAUGCCUAUACUAUUAAUCCUAUAUGUAAAAAAAUGUACAGUGUUUUUUGUGCAUAGACUUUCAUAAUAGCCCCAAUGCAAAGACAGCAGGGGUUUGGUUUUUUUGGAAUGUAAAGUUAGACUAUAAAGACAAAAGUGCACACAGCUUCUGAUAAAUUUAAAAUAGGCUUAUACUAUAAUCAUGUCUCUUUCCAGUUCUCUAACCUCGCCCACUUUCUCUUUCUCUGUAUCUUCCAUUCCUGCAGCAUUACAAGCAUUUUAGAAUAAAAUUACAGACUUGAACACCAGCUGGUGUUCUCAACAGAACUGUGACGUGUAUGCUAAUCUAAAAUAACAAAAAAACCACCCCACAGUUUGAAGUUUCAGUUUCAUUCUCAUUUUCUUAAUCCUCAGAUUCCAAGUAUUUCCAGCCAGUACAGUACAACUUUGUUUUCGUUCAGUCUCUGCAACAGAAAAUGUUUUAAGGGAAAUUUUACACCAGUCCUCUGGUUAUACUAGGAGUUACCCCCGGUAGGGAUUUUUUUAUUGAUUGUUGAGGAUUUUCAGAACCAAUUUUCAAGCUGUAGUCUUUUCAAACACAUCUUCUGCACAUUACAAUAAGACACACCGUUCAAUAAAGCAUUUUCAAGACUGUU